AUAAAGAACGCAACCUAUGACUUACUGCGCCGGAUUUUUGCUGUAGCAAGUUUUGACCACUGAAGGUAAAAAAACUGACAUAGGUAGGGACUCAAGCUACAGGACUCACAACUCGACUUGGACUCGAGUCACGCAUUUGAUGACUUGUCACUUAACAGCAAUAAUGACGGAAAGGCUCAAACUUGACUUGGACUUAGGGGCAGAUGACUCGAGACUGGACUCAAGUCCUGCAAUAUUUUGACUCAAGACUUGACCUGGACUCGCCAAGGAAUGACAUGUACCCUUCCCUGGUAAAAUGGCAAAAUGGUGAGAGGAUCUGCUGAAGGAACAGGCCAGGAGUGGACCUUCAUACAGGGGUCACUUUCCAUUUCCCAAGGUCAUUACAACAGCCAAUGUGGGAGAGGUCGCCCCCUAGUGCUGCUCAUCAGUAUGGAGAAUCCAGCUCCGGCUCCUUAUGUGACUGUGUCUGUUCAUGGCCUUUUUCCACCCGCGGUUGUGUUCAGUAGAUUUAUUAGUGAUGCAGUUUCUCGCUACUUUCAAGAACAUCCUAAGUUCGUAGGCAUCUGUGUCGUAUCGAAGAAAUAAAACAUUAAUCUGAAAUGGCUCACAGAAAGACAGAGCACUUGAGCAGCAUAUUGGCAUUUAUGCAUUUUAAUGUGAUAUGUAAAACGAUGAUGGCUGGGAGUCAUUUCAUCUCGGGGUGAUGGAUGUUUUUGCCAGUAAGCUUUGCUUUGUCUCCAAGUUCCUCUUCAAUCCAGUAAUUAGGGAACAUUAGAGGUUAUUAGGUUAUUUACAUCUGUGACAGGACUGUGUGUAAAAUAUCCUGCUGGAGAUGUUUUCCAAACAUGGAAGAGUGUUAAUUUGCAUGUGUGAAGGGGGUGUGGCUUGUGAUGUGGCUUAUUAAUGUUACCCAUGAUGCAUCACUGCUGAGGCACAUGGUGGGUGGGGCUAUCAAACGUUUAGUGGCAACUGUGUUGUUGUAAGAGUUGAUUUUUGUCUACUCUACUACAGGCUUCCUCAGUCAUGGUCCCAGUGGGCUGAUGUAAUUCUGCACAAUUAACUGCGUAUAACUGAGCUGAUUUCUAAUCCUUGAAAUAACACACUAUUAAACUAUUCUGUGAAGAAGAACAGGCCUGUUCCAUAUCUGUCCCGUAGGUGAUGUACUAUCCAUCCAUCUUCCGUUGGCCUACCCUGUCACGGUCCUGUGACAGGGUAAGCCAGAAAAUUCACGGGACACGACUGGGGGGCAAACUGGACAGGAUCGCACACUCACACCCUCAAGUAGGCUACAAACUAUACGGACAUUUCAGAGACUACAUAAUUAAUCAAACGUACAUUCACCGAUAAAGCAGGCAUAAGUAACCUCGAACUGAUUCAUAAUAAAAAUAACAGCAUAACGGCAGUUCUUUAUUUGUUCAUUUAGAGUUCAUCCUACGGACUGUUGGACUUCACUAGCAAUCUCGCGAGAUUUCCCAGAUAAACGCAUCCCCCUCCCCACACACGCAUACACACACUUUCAUCUGGUCCAGCCUCCGUUCUUUCCUCUCUGUGGCCCCGCUCCCACACGCCCUCCCGGCCGUGGCUGUCAGCGGGUAUCCGCGCCGAGCUGCGGCUCCUCCCCCCGGUCCUGUUCCCUGCGGAGGUAGCCGCGUCCUGCGCAUCGCACCGGCCUGCGCUGCACGCACGGGGGUGUCAUAUCAUAUCUGUCCGGUGGCUUUUGCAUGAUCCGAUCAGUAAUGGCGUCGGACAGCAGUGAUACGGAGGAGUACUACGAUGCUGCGGAGGACGUCAGUGCUGGUACCUCUCCUAACAUGUCUCCUGCGAAGUUUGUGCUUCCUUCAGCAAAGGAUAGCAGGACAGGCACCCCGCAAGACCCAUGCGAGCCCCCCCAUGAUGACUCCAUCCAGAUCAUUGACAGUAUCAUCGAGGAGAGUCAGAAAGAGAGCAACGCCGAUGAGCUGCUCCUUGCCGCUGAGGGAGGCGGGACCAGCACCGCAGCACCCUAUGAUGAAGGAUGGAGUUUAGGGGAGCCAAUCACAGUGGGCCUAGGUGAGGGGGGAGGGGCUGUGAAAGCUCCACCCCCGGACAUUACCAGCACACUUGUCCAGGAGCAGAUGGACUCUGAGGACCAGCGUGAGGACACAGGGGGGGCGGGAGCCGAGGCAGCCGACCGGGGGCUUGCCGGACCCCUCCCCGUGGAGCCUGACAUCGUCGCCAGCACUAAAAGACUGCCACCACCGAAGGUCGCACCCCAGAGCGGAUCCCGCCCCCCCAAGCCGCCCCCACCCUCCCUGCCGGCGACUCUGCUACUCAAGCCCACCCCGGACUCUGUACGGUCCCCGGGACUGGAAGAGCCGUGCGGCCUGCUCUCCCCCGGCGACCCUGGGGACUGUGUCACCAGAGAGCUGCAGUGUCACCUGGACCUAGUCAGCGCCACCAGCGGGGACACGGUGGUCACGGCCCUGGUUUGUGACCACCCAGAAUCAAACGGCCCCUCACCUGGCCGUAAUGAGGAGCCGACCCCGGUCACCCCCGACAGCGAGACCCCAGGACCCCGGCGCCCCCGGACCCACUCUGGCCGUGAGCUGACCGACGAGGAGAUCCUGGCCAGCGUGAUGAUUAAGAACCUGGACACUGGGGAGGAGAUCCCGCUCAGCCUGGCAGAGGAGAAGCUGAUCUCCGGCAUCAACCCUCUCUCUCUGCAUAUUAUGAGGCGCACUAAGGAAUACGUGACGAAUGAUGCCGUGCAUUCGGACGAUGAGGACAAACCCACAAUGCAUUUGGGAGAAGCGGACAAGGGGAAACUGAGGCAGAGGACCACAAAAUUCAAGAAGUUUUUAGGCAAAUCUGUGAAGAGGGCCAAACACCUGGCAGAGGGGUAUGGAGAGAAGGCCGUGAAGAAGGUGAAGAGCGUUCGGGACGAAGUGUUCCACAUGGACCCAGACGAACCAUCCUCCAGUGACGAUGAGGGCAUGCCCUACACCCGACCCGUCAAGUUCAAGGCCGCCCACGGAUUCAAGGGCCCGUUUGACUUCGAUCAGAUCAAGGUGGUGCAAGACCUGAGUGGGGAGCACAUGGGUGCGGUCUGGACCAUGAAGUUCUCUCACUGCGGGAGGGUUCUGGCCACGGCGGGUCAGGACAACGUGGUCCGAAUCUGGGUCCUGAAAAACGCCUUCGACUACUUCAACCACAUGAGGCUGAAGUACAACACGGAAGGGCGAGUGUCCCCCUCCCCAUCGCAGGAGAGUGUGGGCUCCUCCAAAUCGGACACGGAUGUGGGGAUUCACAGCACUGAUGAGGAGUUAAGUGGGGCAGACAGACACGCCCCUUUUCGGCCGGUCCCCUUCUGCAAGUACAAGGGCCACACGGCUGACCUCCUGGACCUGUCCUGGUCGAAGAACUACUUCCUGCUGUCCUCGUCCAUGGAUAAGACUGUCCGUCUCUGGCACAUCUCCAGGAGAGAAUGCCUGGUCUGUUUCCAGCACAUCGACUUUGUAACGGCCAUCGCGUUCCACCCCAGGGACGACAGGUACUUCCUAAGCGGCUCCCUGGAUGGCAAGCUGCGGCUCUGGAAUAUUCCCGACAAGAAGGUGGCGCUGUGGAACGAGGUGGACGGGCAGAGCCGCCUCAUCACCGCCGCCAAUUUCUGCCAGAAUGGGAAGUACGCCGUCAUCGGCACAUAUGAUGGGCGCUGCAUCUUCUACGACACUGAGCACCUCAAAUACCACACGCAGAUCCAUGUGCGGUCCACCAGGGGUAGGAACCGCGUGGGCCGUAAAAUAACCGGGAUUGAACCGCUGCCAGGGGAAAAUAAGAUUUUGGUGACCUCCAAUGACUCAAGGAUCCGCCUGUAUGACCUGAGGGACCUUUCUUUAUCGAUGAAGUACAAAGGUUACGUCAACAGCAGCAGUCAGAUCAAGGCCACCUUUAGCCACGAUUACUCCUUCAUCAUCAGUGGCUCAGAGGACAAAUACGUCUACAUUUGGAGUACCUACCAUGAUUUAAGCAAGUUCGCCUCUGUCCGGAGGGAUCGCAAUGACUUCUGGGAAGGAAUUAAAGCCCACAACGCGGCGGUAACGUCGGCCAUCUUCGCGUCACAUCCCGGCCUCAUCGUCCCGCCCGCGGACUGCGCGGAGAAGCCAAAUGUAGGGCACGGGAGCGGGGAUCCGGAGGUCAUUCCAUCAGGGGCCCUCCGGACGGGACACACCGAGGUCCUCCUUUCAGCUGACUUCACUGGGGCCAUCAAAGUGUUUGUCAACGUGAAAAAGUGACGAGAAGCACGCACCCCCCUCCCCCCCAGAUCGGGGAAGUGUUUUUGUGUCAGAGCAGUCAUGUUCAGCCAUACCUGCACCUGUGUACCUGCGCCACCUUGUGGAAGGACAUGAGAUUGCAGCUUCCAGCACACAGGGGCAGGUCCUCGGACAGGAGUAAUGUGAAGACGACCGAACGACACGGUGCCAUGCUGUUUUUAGAACGUUAUCCUCUCCACUGGGGUGAGAGAGGGAGCAGUAGAGGCUCAGCCUGCACCCUGUACUGUAUGUGCACAGCGUCUCACUAGGGACUUGUGACAGACACUGCUGCUGAAUGAUGGACACAUCGUGAGCCCUGAUUGGUCCACAUAUAGUUGAACACGCCCACUUUAACCACACCCCUCUUUUCUCAUUAUUGCCCUUAAUUGAAUCACCAACUUUUUAGAAUAAUCAUAUUUUUUUAUUAUCUAAACAGGAGUUGAUGUAUUUGAUGUUUGUUUUUAAUCACUCCGUAAAAAAUGGUUUCAUAUGAAUUUUUUCUUAACCAAGACACACUUACUAACUGGGCUAUUAAUAAUAGAAACUUUAUUGAGCCCUGUGGGGAAAUUCUCUUUACGCCUCCCCCAACUUUCUCUCUAUAGGUGAGAGCAAGCUGAUCGCGAAGAGCAGCCACCCAUAGCAGCACUCCGGGAGUUGGGGGUUAAGGGGUUUGCUCAAGGGCCCAGAGACAUAUGACUGUUCUGCUGCUUCUAGGCUUGAACCCACAACCUUCCGAUCACAGGCAGAGAGACUUAGCCCACAACCUUCCGAUCACAGGCAGAGAGAUUUAGCCCACUGAGCCACACACUGCCCCUAUAUUUACACUUUUUUCAUCUGACACUUUUAUCCAAAGCCACUUGCAGUAGAAGGAAAGGUCACUGGGAUUUGAACCCACAACUUUUGGGUCACUAGUGCAAUGCUCUGAUUGUUGUAGGUCCUGUAGCUCAUUUCCACACAACUGGUGUAAUUAGGAAUGACCAGUUAUAGGUAUGCUAUUAAAUGCUAUUGAACAA